AUGCUCGAUCGGGCGAUGGCUUUGCCUUCAUGGGUGAACUUGCGAAUCAGCGCUUGUUGCAAUCAGGGUGGACGGAAGCACAUGGAGGACCGAGUGUCAAUUCACUGCCAAAGAGAUGAUGACGGUGAAAUCGAAUACAUCUUCAUGGGUGUUUUCGACGGACACGGUGGGGCGGAUGCCAGUCAGUUUGCCAAGACUCAUCUCCGAGAGAACAUCAUCAACCAGCAGGGUUUUUGGUCCGCUGACGAUGACGAAGUACUCUCGGCGAUUAAGAACGGCUUCGUUCAGACGCACAAUGAUAUGUGGAAGGUCGUAGAAAAAUGGCCUAAAACAGCGUCGGGUUUUACGAGCACCUCUGGGACCACGGCUACAAUCGCUUUCAUAAAAAAUGGAAAGUUGUACACUGGCCACGUGGGAGACUCGGCGAUUGCGUUAGGGACGAGGCGACCCGAUGGCACAAUCGGCGGAACUCGUCUCACCGUGGAUCAUAAACCUGACACUCCAGGCGAACAAAAACGGAUUUAUGAUCUGGGAGGUGAAAUAAUGACGAAAGCGGGUGUGAUGCGGGUUGUUUGGAUACGACCAACGAGAGGUCAUCAGGGACCAAUCCGAAGGUCGACCGAAAUAGAGAAAAUUCCGUUUCUUGCGGUAGCAAGGGCUUUAGGAGAUUUAUGGUCAUACAAUUCGAUGAGGGACGACUUUGUAGUUAGUCCGAUUCCGGAUGUCAGUGUACUGCCGCUGAACGUGGAAGACGUCUGCCUUGUUAUUGGCUCUGACGGUCUUUGGAACGUCCUCAACUGUCAAAACGCGAUUGAUAUAGUAAAUUCUCAUGAAUGGAAAGAAAUAGAGCAAUGUCCAAUGGAGAAUCCGAGAAACGGCCUGCAGACAAAUCAUGCCAGAUGGAUCGCACGACAUGCGUUGAUCCGUUGGGGCAGUGCUAGAGCGGACAACGUCAGUGUCAUCGUCGUGCUCUUUGACAUGGCUUCGCCUAUGAUAGAGCACGACUCGAACGCGACAAUAUGUGAGGACCGCAACUUAGACAUUGAGAAGGCGCUGGUUGACUCCGCAUCGGCUGCCAUAGCGAUUUCGGCUAAGACUACGGCUGCCUUAUUGACGAAGCCAGUCGAGCUUAUUUACUAUGGCAUCGUCGAGUCGUUCGACCAAAGCCAAGACUUUGUGGCGACGAAGAUGAAGGAAAACGGGACGUUUAUGCCAUCAUCCUUCUUCAGCGGCCCUGGAUAUACCCUGCACGGCGAGGAGGUGUUGGCUUUCCGCCAGAAAGAAGGCAAAGACUCUCACGUGGACGAAUCAGAGAAAGAGAAUAAGCACGACAGGACUGCGACGCUGGAAAUCAGUCGAACUUCAUUAUCAAAUCGCUGGUAUAACGGAAGUUGGAGGGCACAAAAAAUGUCGCAUUGCACCACAAGCACCAGUUCCUUAAUAGGAACUCAAGAAGACGUGGUGGAAGUAAUUGGAAAUGACACGGAAUGUUUAGCGUCGAUGACUAGUGACGGCGGUCAACAGACAUUUUCUGUAGCAUCCUCCUCUUCUUCUUCAUCUUCUUCCUCAUCUUCGUCUUUUCGCUACUGCACCCGGCUGAAGUGCAAAACCUUGACUCGCAUGCGGACCCAGUCCUUGUCGGUCGAACUUCCUGCUGCAUCACCGAAACUCCGGCACUGCUACAAAUUCAAGCACUUAAACAGUAUAAACAGAUCGAAGAUGAUCAUUCAUAAGUUGAGAAACGGGUCGCUGCACGAAAGUACGCGGCACAGCUGUCUAUCGUCCUUCGCCAGGUCUACUAAAUUUAAACGGUCGAGAAGCUGGCAGCAUGGCACGAAGACCGCGGCGCGCUCCUCCUACCUCAUAAGCAGUCUUAACUUAGAGACGACCUGUUCCAGGCGCCUGAAAAACGACUACUGCGUCGGUUGCUCAAAUAGUUCGAACUCAGGGUUUCAGCUGGCCGCCAAAUGUCCACUGGACAGAAAAAGGCACGCACUUACCGAUCCCAAGCACUUUCCAAAAAAACGAAAGUUUUCGGAGGAACGCGAUUUGAAUUGCAGUCAGUCGUAG